AUGAAGCGUCUCCUAAUCAAACGCAUCCUCACCCCCCACCCCGCCGGCGGUAUCUCAGUCAAUUUCGCAACCCUCUUAGUCAGCAAGAGUAUCCAUGUAAUCGGUUCCAUGACACGCGGCACGCACUUCUACACCAACUCGAUCGACCGCAUCGCCACCCACGCAUCUCGCAUCGCCGACUCUAGCACCACCUCACCCCCUCGUCGUCCCCUCCACCUCGCUUUCUUCGUAGGCAGCGACCUCUAUCCGCACCUCAUGCUCAGCAAGCUCGUCCCGCGCCUUAUCGCCCAAGGCCACACCCCUUUUAUCUUUCUUUCUGCGGACAAAGUGAACAAGAAAGCGGCGUCUCUCGGCUUACGCGAACUCGGAUUCUUUGAAAGGCAGCUCCUGCAAGACCAGAUCAUUCCAUUUCUCGGAUCCGCACCCUCGGACGGAGCUGCAUGCCUAACUGUGGAUCAGACCAGAGCGCAAUACGGAAUAUUGGUACAACGAGUGAAGAGCGUAAACGGUCCACUCUUUCUAGACGUUCUCAGGAAACACCACAUCGACGCAGGUUUCUCCCCGUGCUGCCACCAACGCUUCGGCAAGGAUAUCAUCAAUCACUUCGCCGCUCCUCGCGCGCUGCUGAAUCUCCAUCCAGGCACGUAUCGAGGUGCAAUGACCGCUAUCCGCGCGAUGACCAACAAGGAACCCAGCUUCGGCUACAGCCUUCACCAUGUAAGCUCUUCAUACAACUCAGGCCCGGUCCUCGACAUACGCACCGCUCCAAUCGACUACGCGAAAUCCAUGUUGCAUUACAUGAACGAUAUGUACCCGAUUGGGGUGGAGAUGGUGUUGGAUGCUGUUGGUAAUCUCGCAAGGGGCAAGAAUAUGCCUGCUAUCGAGCAAGAUGAAGCCAAGAGUCGAUACUACACCUUUCCAACAGAGGAGGAGCUUGAGCUGGUGCGCGAGAGAGGGGUGAGGCUUGUUGAUGCGGGGGGGAUGGAGGAGGUGCUUGUGGAGAGUUUUGCGGGAUGUGGGGGGAGAGAUGCGCUGAGGGUGGUGGUGAGGGAGGCUGUGAGGAAGUGGUAUGGGGAUGAAAGUGCGAGUCUUUCAGGGUUGCGUAGAUAG